AUGUCGCUGCUCCGAAGGUCCAACGCCCUGGUCAACCUGGCCGCCGCCUCGUCGGCUAGCCAGCAGCAGGCCGUCCGACCCGUCGUUGCUGCUGCCGUAUCGGCCACUGCCAAGCUCGCCUCGACCUCCGGCCUCCCCUCGCUCCGACGUGGACACGCCACUGCAGUCGAUCCCAACGAUCUGACUGGCGGCUCCAUCCCUGCUUCCAAGAAUGCCGCGGCCGCUGCUGCUGCUGUUGCGGUCGAUGCUGGUGUUGCCGGUACGUCGGCGGCAUCGGCGUCGGCAUUGCCGGCGGACGGCACCAUCCGCCACGACUGGAACCGCGAAGACGUGCAGCGCAUCUACGACUCUCCCCUGCUCGAGCUCGUCUUCCGCUCCGCCAACGUCCACCGCCAGCACCACUCAGCCGACCGCGUCCAGCUGUGCACGCUCAUGAACAUCAAGGAGGGCGGCUGCUCCGAGGACUGCGGCUACUGCUCCCAGAGCAGCAAGUACACGACCGACUCGACCGCGUCCAAGCUCGAGGACCUCGAGAAGGUGCUCACCGAGGCGCGCAAGGCAAAGGAGAACGGCAGCACCCGUUUCUGCAUGGGCGCGGCGUGGCGCGAGGUGGGCGGCCGGAAGCGCGGCUUCAACCGCAUCCUCGACAUGGUCCGCGAGAUCCGCGGCAUGGGCAUGGAGGUUUGCACCACGCUCGGCAUGCUCACCGUCGAGCAGGCCAAGCAGCUCAAAGAGGCCGGCCUCACCGCCUACAACCACAACCUCGACACCUCGCGCGAGUACUACGGCAAGGUCGUCACCACCCGCAGCUACAACGACCGCAUCGGCACCAUUGCCAACGUGCGCGAGGCCGGCAUCUCGGUCUGCUCUGGCGGCAUCCUCGGUCUCGGAGAGGAGCAGGAGGACCGCGUCGGCCUCAUCUGGGAGAUGAGCUGCCUGCCCGAGCACCCGGAGAGCUUCCCGGUCAACGCCCUCGUCGCCAUCCCCGGAACGCCCAUGGAGAACAACAAGCCCAUCACGUUCCAGGAGAUGCUCCGGACGGUGGCUACGGCGCGCAUCGUGCUGCCGGGCUCCAUCAUCCGACUGGCGGCCGGACGCCACCUCUUCACCGAGUCCGAGCAGGCAAUGUGCUUCCUCGCCGGCGCCAACGCCAUCUUCACGGGCCACAAGAUGCUCACCACCCCCACGACGGGAUGGGACGAGGACAAGGAGAUGCUCGGCAGGUGGGGCCUCCGGGGUAUGGGCAGCUUCGAGGACAAGACGAUGAAGCCCCACGGAGAGACUGUCGCGGCCGCCGAGACCGUCUCGGUCGAGGACCGACGGGCCAAGGCCGCCGCCAGCCAGGCCUUCCAGGACGCGUAG